UGCAAUGUCGUCAUAAUGGUACGCCGUCCAUUUGAAGUUUGAAACAAUUAAUAUUUAUGGCAACUCAUUGGCUUGGUGUUGUUGUACACUCAGUAAGCUGUACAUAUUUAGUUUUAAGCUGAUCAUCCGUUUUUUUCAGGUUACCGUUAGACCAUCACUUCUAUCCUCCUGCAGUUAUUACUGUUGUGAAGAUGUAACAUUUAAGUUGAUUUAACUGUUAAACAGUUAACAUGUGCCACGGUACCAUCAAAUUAGCCAGAAUGCUGUAAUUCUGGCGCUAUAGCGCCUAGUGCGCUCGCUUCCCUAACUUAUGUCCCAAGAAGAAGAGCUUUCGCAAAAUGAGAACGGGAUUGAUAACAGGAUUAUUCGCCCUGCCCCUGGUGUUGGUGGUUUCGCACUGCAUGGCGACUGUUUUUCUGCAGGAUUCGACGGAGUUUGUCAAACUAAGUCCGUGUUCCUUCAGCUACAAGUCCCCUGCUGAUCAGCGCAGAAAGGCCUACUUUAUUGAUCUGGCACCUGUUGCUGUAUCGUCUGGAGCUCCCAGAUUCUUUUUGGAUCUUCAUGGAUUCAGUAUCGCUUAUAAUCCAUGCUUCGACUUUUCUAUACCGUGCUGUGGGAAAGUUGCGGUUUGUGAGAUUCAGAAAGAAGGUAAUUCGAGUGGAUGCACGGAUCGCGGCAAUCAGGAUUCCGUGUCCAUAAUGUCCCGACCGAAUGGGAUGUUUUCCUUGGAAUACAGCAGUGCCAGUAAUCACUUAUCGGCCAUUGUUGAUCUAAUCUGCACUCGCGAUACUAUGCCCGCUUUGGCUAUCAUUUCCGAACAUGCAAACGAAAGCAAACAACUGCACCUGGCUUUGAUGGGAAAUAUCUCGUGUCCUCUUGUGGUGGACGGUUUUGAAUACGCCGUGAAACCUCACCUUUCUGUCGGCAGCGUAAUUUUGAUCAUAGCGUUUUCUUUGUUAACUGUUUAUUUCCUCGGUGGUAUGCUGAUUAAACGGCUAAUUGGUGGUGCGCGAGGAGUUGAAGUAGUACCCAAUCACGAAUUCUGGUUGGAUCUUCCCGUCUUGAUCAAGGAUGGCGCCUGGUAUUUGGUGAAUGGUUGCCGACCGGAAGUCGUGUAUGAGCAAAUCUGAAUUGGUUUUGUGUUAUCGUAUUCCCUUCUGAUCUGUGACCUAUUUGACCACGCGGGGAUUAAAAAUGCCUUAUAAACUGUCUUUCUGUGGGGAUAAUCUUUAUUAAUGUUUCUUUAUUUAAUCUCAUGGGGAAUACCCGUAUGUCUCAUGUCUCUUGAGAUUUGACGUUUGUUUCACUGGCUAAAUUGUUCUGCUGAUGCCGCAUCUCUUGUUCUCGGCUCUGUUUGAUGUUGUCAUUCUGCCUUCUUUUGUACAAUAAUUACUUACAAGAAUUUUUGCAGACUUCUGAAAUACGUGAAGCAAUUGAAGAAAAAAUUUACCUAAUUUACGGACAACUGGAGUAGACGCUUUUUAAACGUUACGCUUGCACGCGAACGUG